AUGCGAUGGUGGGCCCGGUGGCACGUUCGCCGAGAUGCACGUGGUCGUCCACGCAUACAAGUUGUCGUGGACAGGUGCGCCUUGUACGACGUAACCGAUUAUAGGUGGCUGUGCGUGGGUGCCGUCGGCGGGUUUUCGGUCGAGCACAUCGGACUUGGCUGGCUGCUGUCCACCAUCAACUGCGAGCUGUUCUUGGCCAACUACCAAUCCAUACCUAACCGCGCGGUCAUCACUAUCACGCUGACUGUUACGAUGUUCCUGGCCCUAAAUAUUUACCCCGUGCUGGUGGACGAAGGUGGCAUUAUGUACCGAAACUAUCAGAUUUUCGUCUCUGUUUGGCCUCAAGUCCAUAGUCACCUGCUUCCUGUGAACGAAGGCACGCGAUCGAGUUAA